GGUUUGUGCAGGUUUAGAUGCUGCAGGGUUGAGUGUGUGGCUGGUGGAGGGACACGGCGGAAUCGGAUUCAGUCUGUCGGUCAGCGCGGUGUGAGGAAGGUGCAGAGCUCGGUCGGGAAAGGGUUAACCCGAAACAACGACUUUACAGCUUUACUGGAAGCGAGCAGUUGAAGAGAGAGAGAGAGAGAGAGUUCCGGUGAACCGGGUCGGUGCUCCGGUCAGUCCAGAAUAAAGAACUUUUUGGACAAACCGCCGAGUAGGGUGAUGUGCUGAUCUGAGGACAAAAAACACAGAAAAAUAAACACACAGGGGAUCACUGACACACAGAGCGAGAGGGAGAGAAGCAGAAAAAAAGAUGUCCAAACCUAACUAUUCUGGUCUUUACCACUUGGUCUCUCAGGAAAACUUCGAGUCCUAUCUGGCUGCUUUAGAUGUUAAUUUUGCACUGAGGAAGGUUGUGUGCCUGCUGAAACCCAGCAAGCAAAUCGAGCAUGACAUCAACACGGGCCACAUGAACAUCAAAACUAUGACCACCUUCAAGAAUUUUGACAUGGAUUUCACACUGGGCAAAGAGUUUACGGAGGACCUGGGACCUGUCGAUGGGAGGAUGUGCCAGACCACAGUAGACUGGGAUGGUGAUAAGCUGCAGUGUGUGCAGCGAGGAGAGAAAGAGGGCAGAGGCUGGACUCAUUGGCUGGAAGGAAACAUGCUUCACCUGGAGCUGCGAGUGAAGAAUGUGGUGGCAAAACAGGUCUUUAAGAAAGCAGAAUGAGAUGCUGAACUGGGAUAGAGAGAAAAGAGAGGUUCAGCCAAUCAACACAGAGCUCAAUCACCAAACAGCAGGACUACAGCAGAAUAAACUAUAUAGUAACGAAAUUGCCUUCCCCUUAUAAUUAGUAGCUCAUUGAAAAUGGCAAUGUGGACCACUACAUGCUUCACAAGGGUUAAUGCUCCUAGAGUUUUAGUAUGAGUAAACCAGGUAGUGGUCAUAUGGCCAGUACCCAUCUAGCAGUGCUGGUUCUGCACAACUCCUGUAUAGUAUUGUUUAUUUUUGAUCUUUUGGUCUUUUUUUGUGUUGUGGUAUUUCAGUUAAUCUCUGUGAUGUGUUCCCCAGUUAGUUAAGUUCAGUGUUACACAGUGUCCUGCAUUUGGGUCUCCCAUCAUGGAAAAUAAAAUAUUUUAAAGCCUUU